AUGCCUCGUGACUUUUCGGAGACCGAUGAAUCCAUGUCGGACCAAUCUUCUGAGACUGAAUCCAUGUCGGAGCCAUCGAUAUUCGACACGAACUCAUCUACGCCCACCGAGAAUGACUCUUCUCGUGCUACGUCGGGGGCAUCGACGCCACUAUCCGACAUUUUCUCGCGAGCUGAGGAUACAUCCGACGAUGAAGCAUUUUUGGAGACUCCACCUCCUCGUUAUUCAGGGCGUCGCCGCCGCGGGCUCCGACCGAUCAGGAUCCAAGGUUCCACUCCGACGAGGGCUCCGAUGAUGCCCUACUACAGCACCGAUGGGGGUCCAGCUUUCCCGAUGAGACACAACGACGGUGGCGAAACUACUGCCGGGGCUCCUCACCGGCUUGAGGUCAGCCAAGAUACCCCGAUGGAUCAAUUCAGGCCAUCCGGCUCGAGCCAUCUUCCGCCACCAAACAGCCCUUGGGCUUCACGAUCGCCGUCCCCGUCUCCGUCUAAUCAGACCGAAUCCACGCUCGAUUACUGUCCGUUCGAGAUCGAAGAAGACUGGUUGGAAGGAGGAACUGGGAUCAAGGUUCCCGACGUCGGCUCCGGCUCUCGACAACGCGAUUAUUAACUAUAACAACGAUCUGAAAAGGAAAUAUAAAGAAGGAAAGAACUGUUAUUUUUUUUUAUUUAGGCUCUUCAAAUUCUAGUCAAUGCCAGGUGCAGAGGAAAAAAAGAUCUCAAGAUGGGUGAUUCAAGGUUUUCACAGUCAAUCGGUCGGUAAAAUAGCUGGUAAAGUUUGAUCGUUAUUGGGGGAAAUGAUUCGUACGAGAGGAUCUAUUUAUUUGUUUCUUGCGGGUAGUUUCCAU